AACCGCGGUUGGUGAGUUCGCCUUAGCAACGGUCAUUGCACCCUGUCCAAUGAGUGAUAGCGUUGUUGAUGCCAGGGCCUCAACGUGAUGGCGGCACCAGCUGCUACUGGCAGUUACAUUGGGGAGGUGAAGCAUCAACUGCGGAACGGCUUUGGUCGAUAUGUUUAUCCAAACAGUUUCUUUCAAUAUGAAGGAGAGUGGAAAGAUGGUAAAAAGCAUGGUCACGGGAAGUUUCUAAUGAAGGAUGGCAGUUACUACGAGGGAGAGUUUGUGAAUGGAGAAAUAGAAGGGAAUGGGUUCCGGUAUUGGGCCUCCUCAGGAAAUGAAUAUUGCGGGCAGUUCAGCCAGGGAGAGGUCCACGGACAUGGAGUAAUGAAGUACUCUGAUGGUGCCCUGUAUGAGGGUGAAUUCUAUUAUGGUUUCCGAGCAGGACAUGGAGUACUGACUGAUAAAGGAGGUCAGAUCUAUCAAGGCUCCUUCCAUAACCAUAUGAAACAUGGAGAAGGAGAGAUGUUCUACAAGAAUGGUGAUCAUUAUCAGGGGGAUUGGGUCCUGGACCAGCAUCAGGGCCAUGGUGUGAUGCAGUCUGCAGAUGGUUCGCUAUAUGAGGGGCAGUGGAGAAAUGGCCUGUUUAAUGGGCAAGGUUCCAUAAUUCACUGCAGCGGCGUGGUUUAUGAUGGAAUGUGGAUCAACGGACACCCCGUUGGUGAAGCCACUAAGCUAGUGAUUCUUGGUGAGCCAGUACAAGAAGUAGUGCAACGAUCAUCUUUUACCAUUGAAGUUCAAUUGCAGAAUAAUGAAGGAGAGGUGAUAGAAGCUGAAAAUGGACGACUUUUGCAGAUUUGGGCGGGAGUGAAGCACAUUCAACUCUCCCCAACUCUGAGCAACACUUCACUGCAGCUCACUGAGGAUCUGGAAGAACCACUCGUUGAAACACCAUAUGGUUACAGUGCUGUCUCCUAUCCCCUGGUGGAAUAUGUGCUGGAUUCUAGCACUAUUGCUUCAGCUGAAUCUGAAAUUACUCCUGUGAGUUCGUGGAAUGUUAAAGAUAGCGAAGUGAACAGUUCAAAACUGGACUUCCUUGCAGAAACUGGAAGCCCUUGUGGCUUAUUGGAUGGUACACCAGACCCCUCAUAUGACAAUGAAGGUAAAGGGACAAAACAUCAGGAGGAAGGAGCUCUCUACGGUUUCCAGGACCUUCCAGCAGAAGAUAAGGGCUCCACUCCCAUGGUAGCUAACAAGAGAGUAGAAAGAGGUUACGCAGCCUUUCAGAAUAUUGCACUUGCUGCUCCCCCUGCCUGCUAUCAUCCAUUCAUGAUCCUAGAUGAACUGGAGAAGAAAGCAAGCAAGAAAUCAAGCAGCAGAACUCAAAGUGACAAAGGAACAAUCUCACAGGAGAAGAUAUCUGAGAGCAGAUCUGAUGUUAGUGUCAAAUUAGGUGGAAAAUCGAAGAAGGCACAGAGUGGCACAGACCUGCAGUCUGUGAGAUUAGGUGACUAUGUUAUCAUGGUGAAGGAUGUGACAAGUCCUCCCUUCCUGGCUCGCACACUUCCACCUGCUUUCAUGCUGCUGAAAGUUAUACCACAGAAAACAAGCAAAAAAGGGGCCAGAAAGGAGCCGUACAAAGUGCCCAGCAAGUAAUCAAGUUGCCGAAGAACGUAACAGCUUUGUGCAAGCUUUAGCAGUAACACCACUGUGUUAUUUCAACCCCACAACCCUUUGAUCACCCAGAAGGAUCCCACAUCUUGAGUCCUUUCCCUUUCCACAUCUCUCCUUCCUGUGACAACCUAGAACAUUAUUUCAUGUUGGACUCUCACAGACAGAGGUUCUCAAUCCAUUGAGUCUGGGUCAGAGUUGAGUCCAGUUCUGAGAAGUGAAAGGGAAUGUGCUAAACCACUGUAAACACCCUGUCCCAAAAUAGUCUAGCCUAUAAAUGGGACCAUCAGUACCUGAGAAAGAAAAGUCCCCGUUUUAAGCAGAGAUGUUUCUUCAGGGUAGAAUUGUACCAGAAUGGAAGUCAAGUUUCAUUAAUAUUCUGCAGUGUGCAAUCUUUGUGUUAUUUUUUUUUCGAAUCUGUAUUUGAUAAACCACACCUUUGAAUAUUUUCACUUCCCAUAUAGCCUCAAAAGCCCCAAGUACUUUAACCGCAGCUGGUGCUGAGAAAGACAUUCUGUCUCGUCGAGGGUUUGGUGUUUGUGAGUCAAAACAGGAUGGAAGAAAGAUAGCAAUUAUUUUUUUCUUCCGUCAAAGAGGUUAAAUAAUCUAUUUAAAGUAGGCUGUUACUAUCGUGAUGUUCUGCUUCCCUUGAGGUUCAAUGGUCUUGUACAACAGGUUCAGUCCCUAGAUUAAGCUAAGGGAACACUUUCAGCUGGACUGCAUACAGGGAACUUUCAUUUGUCUUAUUGGCCCAUGGAAGGAUAAACAGAGCCAUGCUGCUUCCAACCAGAACAAAAGGACAGAGGAAUCUCGACUAUGAAGUGGAUGCUCUACACGCUACAUUGGACCCAGUCCUUUACUAAACAGAAGGGCAGAGUUAAAGGGGAGAGAGUAGGUGAUUGACGUUGAUUGAGAAAACACUUAUAAAAUGUUGGCACAAACACUGUGAUUGAAUCAUGUUCUGUGUUGCAUUAUUAUACAAGGUGAAGAUUUAGGAAUAAUGGUGCAUAGUUCCCUGAAGGUGGAAUCUCAUGUGGAUAGGGUGGUGAAGAAAGCUUUUGGUAUGCUGGCCUUUAUAAAUCAGAGCAUUGAGUAUAGGAGUUGGGAUGUAAUGUUAAAAUUGUACAAGGCAUUGGUAGGGCCGAAUUUGGAGUAUUGUGUACAGUUCUGGUCACUCAACAAAAUAGAAAGAGUACAGAGAAGAUUUACUAGAAUGUUACCUGGGUUUCAGCACCUAAGUUACAGGGAAAGGUUGAACAAGUUAGGUCUUUAUUCUUUGGAGCGUAGAAGGUUGAGGGGGGACUUGAUAGAGGUAUUUAAAAUUAUGAGGGGGAUAGAUAGAGUUGACAUGGAUAAGCUUUUUCCAUUGAGAGUAGGGGAGAUUCAAACAAGAGGACAUGAGUUGAGAGUUAGGGGGCAAAAGUUUAAGGGUAACACGAGGGGGAAUUUCUUUACUCAGAGAGUGGUAGCUGUGUGGAACGAGCUUCCAGUAGAAGUGGUAGAGGCAGUUUCAGUAUUGUCAUUUAAAGUAAAAUUGGAUAGGUAUAUGGACAGGAAAGGAAUGGAGGGUUAUGGGCUGAGUGCGGGACUAGGUGAGAGUAAGCGUUCAGCACAGACUAGAAGGGCCGAGAUGGCCUGUUUCUGUGCUGUAAUUGUUAUAUGGUUAUAAUUAGGGAGAAUUUUACCAAUGAUCAGCGUGCAGCAUUUAUUGUAAUGGAUAUAUGGAAUAGGCCCAUGUGUCAGGCCUGGUGAAAUCUGGGGUGUUUCUGGUAUGCCUUUCUGGAUUACCUGCUUUCUUCAACUGAAUUCAGUGCUUGCCACAAGACCAUAAAGUAUAGGAGAAGAAUUAGGUUAUAUGCUUAUCAAGUCUGCCCACCAGUUGUUUUCAACAUCAUUCUCCUACCUUCUUCCCUGAACCCCUUACCCAAUCAAGAACAUUCAAUCUUUGUCUUAAAUACUCCCAAUGGCUUGGCCUCCACAGCCCUCCAUGACAAUGAAUUCCAUAGAAUUACCAUCACCUGGCUGAAGAAAUUCCUCCUCACCUCAGUUUUAAAAUGAUUUUCCUUUAUUCUGAGGCUGUGUCCUUGGAUCCUAGGCUCUCCUACAAAUGGAAGUGUCGUCCCCACAUUCACUCCAUCUAGGCCUUUCAGUAUUUGGUAGGGUUCUGUAAGAUUCCCCCUCAUCCUUCUGAACUCUAACGAGUCCAAACCCACAGCAAUCAAACACAAGUACACCAACUUAGGAAAGUUUCCUCUCCAAGAACGAGGCCUCUGUGGAUGUUAGCAGGGCUCCAACUGGUAUUUGAAAGCAGCGCGUGGCUUCUGGCUUUCUCUCUCUAUGGUGACAACCCUGUUACUGCCGCCUAUCAAUCACCCUGAACCCAGACAAGAGGACAUUGGCAGCAACAGGAUACAGGCAGAGUAAAGGGUCAGAUUCUAAUGUUGGCUUCACUGAUGGUGAAAAGAACUUGGAAACUUAAAAUCGUCACAUUAUGAUACUUACAGACAAACUUUCUUUACACUUUAACUGUUUACAGAUGAGCUCAUUUUCCUGUUGGCUCCACUAAUCCCAAGGCCUCUGUUGGUUGUUGUAUUCGAGAUAUCCACUGGAAGGCACAAAUGAGCUGCUCUGAGGGCAUUGGCUUCACUCAUUGGCAACCGAGCAACAGCACUGCUGCACAGUGCAAGCAUUCACCUUGCCCCUCAUUGGGGUAGUGAGAAGGUCAAAGCACACUAUGACCCAGCAACACAGGAGAGGUUUUCUUAUUGAUGGAAGUUCAUCUGCUGAUCUCUAUCUUAUCUCCUCAGGCACUACGUGACUCUAACAAUCUGCAUUUUCUAUUCGAAGGUUGUAGGUUUAAUCCAGGUUGGGUGGGUUUAACGGAUAUCAGCUGGUUUACCAUCACCGGUGCCUCAACCAACAUCCCACAGCAGUUUGAAGUCCCUGAAGUAGUCACUGUGCUGAGAAUGAAAGCUCAAAUGGCAGGCUGAAACCUGGGAUGGCAUUUAAAUUCAUGGCAAGAUGGAAAUCCACUGAGCCAAGGCGAACACCUCGAGUGGAGAGGGAUUGCGAGGGCCUACUUUUAUCUGAUGCUUCCCCUCCCAAAAGGGAAGGCUGUUUGAUAGCCAAUGGUUGAUUAUGUCAACUAGCCUGCCAACGUUUGAUGUGCUGAACCACACACUCAGGUAGUGGGGUGGGGGGUCAGAGACUCGAGAGAAAAGUGAGUCACAAUAUGCAAAAGGAGAAAAUUAUAGACGGGGCCGCAAUGAUGCUAACUCCACCUUCACUGCUGUUGACUUUGGAUCACCUGGCCUAGCUGGCACAACAUUAGAUAUUACUGCAUCACUUGGUACAUCCCAGUCUUUGACCAGCUGUAGACAGUGGUCUACACUGGAGGUGGGGGGGUGGGGGGUGUUACCAUGUGACCAAUCCACGCUAACCAAGUCUUCAGAACUGGAGGCAACUAGGAAUUAAAGGCUGAUUUCCAGUAACCCAGGAGGAAAAUCACAGGCAAUGCACACAAAAUGCUAGAGGAACUCAGCCAGCAUCUACGGAGAGGAAUAAAUAGGAACACGAAAUGUCAAUUGUUUAUUCCCAUCCAUAAAUGGUGUCUGACUUGUUGAGUUACUCCAGCACUUAUGUAUGUUGCUGCAGAAUCCCUUGUGUUUAGAAAAAAAUCACAGACGUGCGAAAAUCCUGUAAGUCUCGACUUGCAGCUCUAAACAUACUGACUGGUAGUGGAAGAUGGUGCUGGGCAGCUGGAAGCUGGGAAAUCAACUGGUGACCCCGAGGCAGGCCCUCCAUACGUGCCGCAGAAGUCGCCUGAGUGAAGCGGGGCUGUUUUAUGAGAGGAGUACUGAAAGUCAGUGAGUCACCCAAGUCUGCAUUUUAAAAGUAAACAAUAUGUUGGACUGCAGAGGGCAGCAGUUUUUCGCAAGUGCCACUUUAUUGGGGGAUCAUGUGAUCGUCCAGCCCUCAGUCCCCCACCCCUCGGCCUCCCUGAAGCAAGUAACCAGAAGAGGGACUGCACACGGCUCCAUUUGUAGCCACCCCCAGCCACAAAAUACAAUCUUUACUUCAUCGUGGAGUUGUAAUUGUUCAAACUCUUGCCAGCUGGGGCUCGUAUUUUCUUGCAGAUGUGAAAUGGGUUUGCGGUUUGCCCUUUCAGCACAAUGAAUGCUCUGUUAAUCAGCUAACAUUCAGCAUAGUCUGGUGUGGGUUUGGAAAGCUGCCAGCCCCAAUCCAUCAGGCAGCGGAUUGUUCAUUCCAUUCAGAGCAAGCAGAAUGCCGGUUGGCUCUGGGACGAUCACUCCGCAAAGACAGCUCUCUGACUCUCACAGGAAGGGACCAUCAGAGUAAGGAGAGGAGCAAAACUAAAGCAGCCAUAUGAAUAAUUUAUAGCUGAUUGGAUUUGCUGACAUCAGCUGCUUUUGCUGCAAACAAGCAGCCAUAGCUUUGCCUUGGCUACCCCUGGCUCACUGGGCAAAGGCACCCCCUGGUGCAGUGUGUGGGCAUUUGAUGGGCAGCUUCCAUCUUCAAACCCUGGUCAGUCAGCUCACUCUAGUUAGAAACAUGUGCCUUGGCAUCUAUGAGGCUGCAGGUAGCUGCAGAACCCUGCAUUUAUAGUGUCACCUUUAAUGUUGUGAACUGUCAGAAGGCACUUCAUGGGAUCAUGAAAGAUAAAAUUUGACAUCAAGGCACACUGGGAUGCAUUGGGGCAGAGUUUUCUUAAAGAGAGGGUUUUAAGUUUGGAAGAAAGUGGUAGUGAGGGUAGGAGAAAGCCCCAGAGCCUGGAGUCAAAAUACCACAGACCGAGAGAUCAGAGGUAUUGGAGACACAAAAUACUCUGCAGAUGCUGGGGUCAAAUCAAUACGCUGGAGGAAAUCAGCAGGUCAGGCAGCAUCCGUGGAAACAAAUCCAUGGAGGUACUGGAGAACUGUUGUUAGAGUGGGGAGUGUUGAGUUCUGAGUGCAAAGGAGAAUGUUAUAUCUGAGACUUUGCCAGACUCUUUAAACCAUUGUAGGUCCAUAGGUGUAAGGAUGAUGGAUGAAAUUAUCUCAGUAUGCAUUAGGAUAUAGACAGCAGGGACUUCAUUGCAGAUUUCUGUGGGACAGAAAUCCGGCCAGUGUAAUCAGAUCUGGAGAGGACAAGUGUAUGAUUGGGGGUCUCGAGCUGAAGCAAAAGGGAGAAACACACCCAAAGGCCACUUUAUUGGGUACCUCCUGUACAUAAUAAAGUGGCCACUCUGUAUAUUCAUGAUAUAUGUAUCGAACCACUGCAAGGUUCGAUGUUUUAUACAUCCAGGGCUGCUCUUCUGCACACCACUGCUGUAACACAUGGUUAUUUGAGUUACUGUGGCCUUCCUGUCAGCUUCAACCACCACUCUGGCCAUUCUUCUCUGACUUCUCUCAUUAACAAGGCAUUUUCACCCACAGAAUAGCUGUUCACUUGAUGGUUUUUUUUUUGUUUUUUACCCCACUCUCUGUAAACUCCAGUGACUGGUGUGUGUGAAAAAUCUAGGAGAUCCACAGUUUCUGAGACACUCAAACUACCCUGUCAGGUACCAAUAAUCAUUCUAUGGACAAAGUCACUUAGAUUACUUUUCUUCCCCAUUCUGAUGUUUAGUCUGAACAACUUUACUGCUUAACCAUGUCUUGAAUUGGCACCAUAUAACUAGCUGAUUAGAUAUUUGUAUUAACGAGUAGGUGAACUGGUGUACCUAAUAAAGUAGUCACUCCA